ACCUCCAUCUGCUGUCAAGAGAGCCUCAGGAUUUCUCAUAAACACCUUGAUCUUUUAACUGGAGCUGUCGGUCUAUCCUGUCCAGGAAAAUCUUGUGGAUUAUCCAUAUUUUCAUAAUAUAAGAGUUUCCAAAUUUCUACCAGAGUACCCAUGUGGGUGGUGGAGAAGAUCCUCGUGUCAAUGGAGAGCUCUAACCUGCCUAUCCCAUCAGCAGAAUUCAGCUUUAAAAUUGGCGACAUCAUCUUUGGAGAAAAAGCUGACAAACCCAAAAGGAUUUCCCUCUGUCCGAAUGUCAUCACCCCUGACAACAUCCCAGAGUUCUGUAUCCCCCCAACAAUCCCAUCCCUGCAGGAGACUAAGAUUAUGGAGCACAGCCGAGCUGCACGUGCUAUCAAGGUGUCUCCCUGUGAGAGGGCUAGCCCUGAAACAGAAGUGACACGCCAUGAGCCACUCAACCCACACAUUAUCCAGGUGGAGAGUGUGGAUGAGAGCCCCUAUGAUGGCUGCAGUGACGAGGAGACGACCAAUGCAGAUCCCCAGAGCCAGGCUGCUUUGUCCCUUCCACACCUGGCCAAAGCCCAGACCUGCUACGGUUUUUGCACCUUACUGGAGAGUCCCCACACCAGGAGGAAAGAAUCUCUCUUCCACUCGGAUCCUGGCUCCUCUCCGCUGCUGCUGCCCAGGAGUCGAUCCAGCAUGUGCUCCAAAGUGUCCCCUUCUACCUCCCCCUCCUCCUCCCCUUCAUCUUUCAGCCUUAACACCCUCACCUCCAAGCUUUCCCCGAGAGGCUACACCCUGAACUGGCAGGCCACUCUGGACAGUGAUACGACUUCCUCUACUGAAUCCUCUCCUUUCAGCUCGCCCCUGCUGACCAGGUGCCCUGCCAAGUCUUCCCUCUUCAAAGCGCUGAGCCAUGAACUGCUGUUGUCAAGGAACAUGAGGAAGGCAAUGGUGUCCAGGAACAAUUCCCUAUCCACAGAUGAAGGCAGCUCCACAGACAACAGCCCAAAUGUCAUGAGGAGGGCAUCAGAGGGGUUAGCUGAAGGCCUGCCCAGCAGCUACAGCCUGGCGCCACCCACCAUCUUCCCCAUGGACUUGACUCUGCACAGAGAGAGGGUAAUGAAGGAAAGAAUGGUACCCAUAGGGAAAGACGGCAGCCUGAGACUCUCAGCAGAGUACUGCCCGGAUAACCAAAGACUACGCGUUCGCCUGAUAAGUACUGAGGGCCUCUAUCCUCUAUCUGUAGACCCCAAGAUUAUCAACUGCAGUGUCAGCCUCUCUCUGGUUCCUGGGAAAGUCCAGAAGCAACGCAGCACAGUCAUCAGAAAGAGCCGUAAUCCGAUCUUCAAUGAGGAUUUCUUCUUUGAUGGUAUCUCAGAGGAAGACCUCAGCCAGCGGUCCCUUCGCUUUAAAGUGGUGAACAAAAUGUCCACCCUGAAAAGAGACUAUCUCCUAGGUGAUUGUGAUUUGCCUCUUUCUAGCAUUGUGACAUUAUAAA